ACGGGAUUGGGAUUGGCCAAGAAAAGCUGCUGAUGCACACCAUCAAGUUCCUGAACCAUACACCCUCACCCGGCCCCUUGUCACCAUGUCCCACGCCCCCAUCUUCCCAUUCCUCCAAGGGCUUGAAUCCCCCCCAUCCAUCCAUCCAUCCAUCCCUAGCGUGCAAAGGGACCAUCACCAGAGGUAUGCUCACAGAGACCUGUCGCUAUCUGCGCCCUGCUCGGUGCAACCAAAUUAUUACUUCCAUCCGCUCCUCCGCAGCAUCGGUGCCAGGCUUCAUGUUCUCCUUCCACCACGCUUGACCUAUUCCUGCGAUUUCCUCUGCUAUUUUGUCGGUGCAGAAAGACAGGAACCCGUAGCGUUCUUUCUCGUCGUUGUCGAGACGGUUAUACGCCCGACUUCGUCCUCGGUUUCUGUCUCGUCCGGACCCGGCCUGCUUCAUGUCGUAUCGUUCGUCCCUUCGCAACCGCAGAGUCCAUGCAUCAGACGCAACAGUCGCUACGAUACGCCUACCAACCACCCUAACAGCCUUUUGCUCGUCUUCCGCCAACCGACGAAUCCCAUUAGCUCAAAAUCAUCGCCAAUAUCAGCCGUUGUGCCAUCCACACGAACCGAUCCCCCCCGAAAGUGGACGCGCACGCUGAACAGCUAACUCCUCGAACUUCGACGUCGCAGCCACCUCCUCGCUCGUCGUGCCCUCUGCGGAGGUCGACGGGCGUGGAUUGUCCGAAUCCACCAUGAAUAUUUACACCGAGCCGCCCGAGUUGCGCAAGUUCUCGCAGGACAAGCCCUCUCUGCUUGUUUGCUGGUGGAUCACGUCGUUCUGCACUGUCAUCAUCCUGUUGCGGGUCGCCGGCCGCUUCAUCCGCACCGAGAAACUGUUCCAAGAGGACAAAGUCGCUGCACUCGCUCUGAUACCGCUAUGGCUUCGAAUGGUU